GCUACAAGGCAUGACCUAUGGCUUGGCUGACGCAACCCCGCAUUAUGCCUCUGUCCUUGAUUUGUUGCUGCUUAACGCCGAGUCGAGCUUUUAGGCAGCACACAAAUUAUAUGCGGGGUCAACAAUGUGCCCGGGGUAUGAUAAGGCUCGUAUGAAGUUGAAGUCGCAUCCAUUGUGACAUUACCGGGCUCGGCAGAUAUGCGUUUCGGCGCUGUAGAUUACUACCAACGGUUCCAAGGUUCAGGCACCGGACCAUGUUCUGAAAAAGGGGAAAAUGAAAGAUUAGAGUUUGAACACAAGGCCGAAUCUUGGAUUCCCAGAAGCCCGUUGUUCCUAUUGGUGUUCCGAACAAUACGAUCUUUUCAUCUUCUAUUGUUCCAAUGGUUGCAUUCCAGGGCGGUGCGGUGAUUGGGCGUUAUGCUGAGUCAGAAGCCAGGGGCUUCCAUUCCUCCCAUGCAAGAUCUGUUUUGCCUCUGGAACUUCCCGAGAGAACCGGAGAGAUUUCGACGCCGAUGUAUCUCCAUUCCCGCCAAACGGAGCACUCAUGCACCACUAAUGUGCCAAGCGGACGUCGGUGGAUCACAGUCGUCUCAUGUCCUCCUACCUCUGGGCGGCGGCCCAUCCAUCACAGUCUAUAGGGCUGCCAUGGCCCUUAUGCCUGCAUUUGUGGGCCGACGAGCCAUGGCGGCGUCCAGAGAAUUGCGCUGUUCAAACUUUGGAUCGAAAUGCUGGCCGGCAUACCAUACAUCUGUCUUCGCCUCCGGCAGUUGGUGGGCCG